AUGGCCUUGGUUCUAUGGAUAGUCUACAUUAAUAAUCUGGUAGUAGAUUUUGUGGUUUUUAAAAAUGAUUUGGAUAGUAUCACCAGUGUUCUGAGCAUUAGUGUCAAUAUAGUAGUGGCCUUUGUGCAAGUGAUUUCCCAAACGAUAGCCAUUCUUAAGCAUAAGUGUCUUAAAAUGAUUUCGAAAAGAAUAGCUCAAUUAGAACGUGAUAUAUUGCUAUACUUUCAAGAAUACCAAUGGCUGCAGGAUAAUGAUACGCUUAUUAAUUUCCAUCAUAGAUGUGAAAGAUUUUGCCGUUACAUAGGUCUACGUUUUGGCUUGUACUCCCUAGUAUUUGGUGUUUUAAUCAGCUUUAUGAACUAUCAUUUAGUGGCUUCCGUUAUGAAUGUCAGAGAUAAAGUUUUGACUAUACUUUGCACUUUAGCCAUACAAUUAAAGGCCGUGGAAUAUUGUAUAAUUGUACAGAUAAUCAAUGAAUUUCUUACAUGUUUGCAAGGUUCCCUAAAACGUCUAAAAUGGGAAAUUGCCAAGUGCCAGGAAAAACCGUUUAUGGCUGCAGUUUUUCAUGGAAAAUUAAUGGCCAAUCAAAUUCUUACGAAUCGUGUUUGGUUUCUGAUAACAGAUAUAGAAGAAUAUUUUGCUAUACCGAUGCUCAUUUUGUAUCUUUACAAUGGUAUCGCUAUUACUCAUACAAUAAAUUGGACGUAUGUACGUUCGUUUGACUAUUUAACUAGUGAUCUGGAUUGUGGAUUGUUAGAAGAAUUGAAGUAA